AUGCCAUCUGAAGAAACACCCCCUAAUUCCCCUGUUGAGCCAUCUGACAUUAAUGAAAAUGAAGGCGAUUUAGAUAUGUUAGAUGAAAACGAUGUAUAUGAAAUAAUAGAAGAUGAAAAUGAAGCUUCUAACAUUGUAGAAUCUGAUUCAGAUCAAUCAGAUGAGGAAAGCAAUGUACCAUCCAGAGAUGAUGCUCAGUUAAUUUUUUCUGAACACACUGAGGGUGUUUUGUCUUGUCAAUUUCAUCCUAAAACUAAUAAUAUUGUUGCUAGUGGAGGAAUGGAUGAUAAGGCUUAUGUAUGGGAUACAACAAACGGAAACAAACUUUUUAUGUGUAAAGGACAUGAAGAUUCAGUAGAAAUUGUUUCUUUUAGUUAUGAUGGUAAUUAUUUGGCAACAGCUGAUUUAAAUGGUAUAAUAAAAGUAUGGAGAACCAAGGAUUAUGUUUUAAUAGAAACUUUCGAGCUUGAUGAUGAACCAAGUUGGCUUCAAUGGCAUCAUGGAACAAAUGUAUUAGUUGCUUCUUCCACAAUCGGUAUGAUUUAUAUGUACAGAAUACCUUCGGGAGAUCAAAAAAUGGUUCUCGCUUCUUUCGGUCAAAAUUGUUUAGUUGGAAAAAUUCUUCACGAUGGAAAAAAUUUAGUGUGUGGAUACCAAGAUGGCACGAUUAAAAUUGUCGAUCUUAAACAAGGAACCAUUUUAAAAGACAUAAAACCUUUCGAAGAAAUCGGUGGAAUAUCUUGUUUAGAUGUACAUAAAAAUAAUAAUUUGGUUAUUUGUGGUUGCACAAGCGGAGCAGUACUUUUAAUAAAUUCAAAUUAUGGAAAAGUGGUGUCAGUUUUACAAGGGAUUCAAAACUCGGAAAAAGACAGUUACAUAGAAGCAGUUUCUUUUUGUAAGGAUGAUUCGUGUCAAAUUGCAGCAAGUGGAAGUUUAGAUGGAAGUUUAAUUAUAUGGGAUAUUCCAAAACAAAAUUUGAGACACAAAUAUAAUUUCUCUUCUUGCAUAAACUACUUGGCGUGGCAUCCCAUUUUACCAAUAGUUUUUACCUGUCAUUUUGAGGGGGUAGUACGAGCAUUUGAUGCAAAAGCCGGCUCAGUAAUUAAGGAAUAUUUAGGACAUAAUAAAAGUUGUCUCAACAUGUCGUUAUCUAGCGAUGGAAGUUUAAUAAUGACAACAUCUCAAGAUAAAACUGUUCGAAUAUUUCUUGUCGGUAAUCUUUCUUCUUAA